AUGGAUUACAUGAACAGAAUUUUCCAUCCAUAUUUGGAUAAGUUUGUUGUUGUGUUUAUUGACGACAUUCUUAUCUAUUCUAAGACAGAGGAUGAACAUGCAGAACACUUGCAAACAGUGCUACAAAUUCUGAAGGAUAGGAAGCUAUAUGCCAAGCUAUCCAAGUGUGAGUUUUGGAAGUCUGAAGUAAAAUUUCUUGGUCAUGUAGUGAGUAAGCAAGGAAUAGCAAUGGAUCCUGCUAAGGUUGAGGCGAUGAUGAAUUGGGAGCAGCCAACUUCAGUGACGGAAAUCAGGAGUUUCUUAGGCUUGGAGGGUUAUUAUCGAAGGUUUAUCAAAGGGUUUUCACAGCUCGCUUUGCCCUUGACCAAGCUAACCAGGAAGGAUGUCCCUUUUGAAUGGACUCCCGAGUGCGAGGAGAGCUUCCUUGCCUUAAAGCAGAGACUGACUACCGCCCCUGUAUUAGUGUUGCCUGAGCCGAGAGAACCAUUCAAGGUGUACUGUGAUGCAUCCUUGAAAGGUUUAGGAUGCGUAUUGAUGCAGCAUCAUAAGGUUGUAGCUUAUGCCUCACGUCAGUUAAGGCCACAUGAAAGAAACUAUCCAACUCAUGAUUUGGAACUUGCAGCCAUUGUCUUUGCCUUGAAGAUUUGGAGACAUUAUCUCUAUGGAGUGAAAUUUUAA